CACUGACGUGCGAGUUCAAGAAGGCGCUGAAACGCAAUGACUUCGGCUCAGAAGAGGAAUAUCAUGCGGCGUUGGCGAGACUGGCAGUGCUGAUUUUUUCUGGCGGUGGUAAAGCGGAGGGACUAGACAUUGCAGAGUAUAAUCAUUUUUUGCGCAAGAAGGAGUGGGCCAGCGCUGGCGACACAAACAACUUCGUGCAAGAGCAAAGGCCGAAGAGUGUUGACCAUGCCAUCGGCGAAAAGCAGAUCUGGGCUGUCUCUCACCGAGAAAACCCCCGACACCCCAGUAAUCUUCUCGAAAAGUACUUCGAUCCCCCAUCAGCAUAUCCGCAGGUUCGCACAGUAUACUCAGACCCACGUGCCACAGCGAUGUGGAGCGAUUUGUUUUUUCUUCCAAGACCAGAAAAUCCCGCAAAGCAGAAAAUACAAGAGCUAGUGCGGCGGUGGAGGAAUGCACCAGGUAAGGGAGGUAGAAAGAAAUCAGGAUCAGGUGAUGGUAUCGCGGAGGGUUCACUCGAGAGGAAGGAAGCGGACGGUCAAGGCGCUGCAAAACAGAAAGAUUUCAUGCCGAUUCCCAGUUUUCUUACGUAUCUCAAUUCUCCCACAUUCAAGGAGAUUGCUACUAGGAUGGCGAAGUCGAAGAAGCUCACGUUAGAAAGGGAAACAAAAGCUGCUGUAUCUUCGGUGGGGCAGCCUAGUAGCCCUACUCCCGUUCUUUACAUUUCGCGCAAGUACAACAUGCAAUCGAAUCGCGACUAUUGGGCACGCGGCCUUCUAAAGGCUGGGCUGUUGCACGCGCGUGGCGAAUGUUUUUUGCAAGAUGCGAGAGAUCAAAUGCAUCCUGUGUUGCACCGACGUAAUUCUGUAAAGCUGAAUUGGUUAGAGCGGUAUCGGGAUCCGCGGUACGAAAGGCCCGUAGACGUCAGUAGAUCAGUCUUGGAAUCAGUCUUCACGGGUAGAGGGACCCAAGCUCAACAACGGUUCGACACGGGAGAGCCGGUGUCAGGAGAGCACAUGAUGGGAAGAUACAACAGCACGACGAUUUGGGGCUACAAGUUUUUCCUUGCUGCGCAUAACACAUGUUGCAGACACUAUCUUGAUGAAAAAAUCGUGAAGGGGUACUUCCACGGUUUGGUGCCGAUUUUAAUCGGUCCACCAAAGGAGGAUGUGCUUUUGGUCGCACCACGAGGAUCUUUUAUCCAUGUUGACGAUUUCGAAUCUGUGGAGUAUCUUGCAGACUACCUAGAUUAUCUAAACGCCAAUACGACAGCCUAUCUCGAGUAUCAUCGAUGGAGAAAGGCCUUUGAUAUUGUCGAUUACGUGGCUGACGAGUUUCCUUGUGCAUUUUGUCGCGCAGUAAUUGGAAAUGAGGAAUCUCCAUGGGCAGGCAAUAAAAAGCCAUCUACAUCUGCUUUUGAGCUGAGGCCUACUUCUAAUGCUUUUGGAAGCGAGAGCCUAGACUGUGCACAAGAGGCGUUGUUGGCAUUGCAGGAAUUUCGAGGGAAUUUGUCCUCUACGCAAAGUGUCGCCUCUCCUAGCGCGAGUUUCGCACAGACCCAAAUCGCCUUGGAGAAAGCCUGUGGUCACUUACCACGACGCAGGCGGCCGAUGGAACCGACGCCGCGCAUUGGGAAGAGAAGAGAUUGGUUGAAUGAUUCGCAGUGGGCAGUGAUGCGCGACAAUGACUGCUUUUGCCAGGGACGAGCAAACUCUGGGCAGAAGAGAAAAUAGAACAAGAAGUGGGCAUGUGAAUACUACACAUCAGAGGCCUCAAGCUCAACGAGAACAUAUCAAAAUCUUUUUGAUCAUGUUUGGACCUUCUAUUUGGUAGGUUGAGAACGAGAGCGGAAGCGGUUGGUCAAAUGCCAAGGCCCGGCCAAUGGCUCUGCACGAGGUCUCGAAAUUUUUAUGUCUUCUUGUUAUUAGAGCAAGUUCUUGUUGAUCCACUCCUUAAGCUUCGAUCGGUCUAAGCAUCCUCUACUGAUUAUUAGUCUAUAGAACUGCUCAUGCAGAUACACGCAUCGCGAUUUAUAGAGUCAAGAGGGGGACCGUUUCGAUCUGGGCAAUUGGAUUAAGAUCUUCUUUCAAUGAGAUGGGCAUAAGAAUGAGAUUGAUCACAUUGAUGCUCCGCGUAAAAAGUACGUGUGUUCGCUGAGAUUGAGAAGGG